AAUAUUGAAUCCCUUCAGCAGCUCCAGCGCCAGCUCCAGGGGUGGGUCAGCGGAGGUCGAUGCUGCCCCGCGGUAACGAUGCGGUACUUCUACAGAGACAUUUGGGGCGACAAUACCUUGCCGCUACUUUACGGGGCGCCCCCAUCCGACGAAAUGCUACCUGCUAGGCUGCACCACCAAUCCACUAGAAAUAUGUACGACUUUGACCGAGCAUACUUUUCUCUCAUGGCCGAGUCCAGCGGCCUGAAGCCGGGCAACGGCUCCUCGCAUGUGAAUGGCAAGAUGAAUGGCCAGACGGUAGGCAACAAACGUCCUGCGCCACGACAACGCGGAUUCCUGGGCUGGGUAUUUGGCUCGAUUGCUAGGUGAGUAAUUGUAUCGUGUUGAUUUCCUUUCCGUCGGCCAAUUGCUGCCUUUGCCGGGCGGAGUGAUGCGCGCAUCUUC